UGAGAUACUGUGGGCUGUGACUCAUGCCUUGAAUUCUCAUGAGCAGUGCUGGUGUGGAAGGAAGAAAGAGAGGGGCACAGGCCCUUGGAGAGAAUCACCAACUCGAUAUGGCUUCUGAUAUCCAGUGGAUUUGAUGCUCGCACCUCACCUGCUUCCCAGAACUGAAUAAGCAUCACAGAGAGCACGAUGAGGGGACGUGGAGCCCUUAGCUGCAGGCAUUGUAAAACCCAGGAGGAAACAGGCAACCACCAGCCCUGCAGGGGGGGCAGAUGGACUGUCGGAGCCCGAGGGCAUCUCUCUGAAACGCGUGGCUGUGGUGGAAGAUUUCUUUGACAUCAUUUACUCCAUGCAUGUGGAGAGUUCGACGGAGCCGGGCAAAGCACCCAAACAUGCUGGGCAGAAGAAAACCUACCGAGCGAUCGCAGAGACCUAUGCUUUUCUCCCAAGAGAAGCUGUGACCAGGUUCCUGAUGAGCUGCACAGAGUGCCAGAAGAGGAUGCAUUUCAACUCCAACGGGCUGGAGCCCAAAGAGAGCGAACCACCUUCCUCUCUGGUUUCUGGGAUCAUCGACUACAACAUGCCUCUCACCUCUACUUAUCUGAAGCAAAUGAAGCUGCGGGUGAUGAAUUCACAGGAGCAG